AUAGUAAUACAUAUAAUAUUUAUAUUUUUCGUUCACGAUACGAAACGCCCUCUUUCAUAUUUGGAGGUUAGGUGUCUUUUUAAUGCAAUGGCGAUUUUAUGUGUUUACGUUGAAAUGUGUGUAGAUUAUAUCAACCUAUGUGUAUGUAAGUUAGUUUAGUUCCGUUCAGUUCGGUUCAAACGUCCUCUAACGUCGUUCAAUCUUGUUUUAUGUUACUCUAGCGACAUGAAAAUAUAAAAAUCCGUUUUGCAGUAUUUAAUCUAAACGAAUAUGAAGAAAGAUGAAAUUAAAAAUUUAAUUUGAUUUACGACUGGGCAUAUUUUAAUUUUUUAUAAUUAAACAUUAGCUUUUGAUAAUCGCUAAUCAAAACCAGUGAUUAACGCACGAUUUAUCACUCUGAUUUAUCGCCGAUUGCGGAAUCAUCUGCUCUUUCUCUAUAAUCGCAAUAAAGCCCAUUUGAUCCACGAUUUCCCUGUCAUAUAUGAUUAAUCGCGAUUUUACGCUAAUUUUUUCGAAAAUUGGUAAGAUCAUCAUGAUUUGCAUGAUAUGGGAGCAUUGAACUAGUAAUGACAAUGCAUACUUUCCAUAUACAUGCAUAUGGAACGAUAAUAUAGGAUUGAUGAGCAGGGCUGUAACUUGUUUUUUUCUUUAAACAAUAUUUAUUGGUGGCACUAACAUUAAUAUUUAUAGAGCAAAUAGAGCUGUACGUGCUCGAGUAACAGUGUGAAAGUCUUCUUCAUCAAACAAAAUCAGAUGCCUGAUUUCAGUAUUGUUUUUUUCUGGAUGAGCAAAUAUUGUUGGGUUUUGAAGAGAUAUUUUCUAACGAUAAACGUAAUCGAUCAUAUAAGCACGACCGAUAGUACAAUCACAUUCGAAUAUAAGUGUCAAGCGAAUGAUUAUUUGAUUAAGUUUUUGAAUGAAUAAUUAUAUUCGUAUGACCUAUUCUAAUGCUACAAUCUAUUCUAUGGUUGGCUUUUUCUAGUAUUUUUACCUCUAAAUUUUGGGAUAUUUUGGAAACCUUUCAGUUAUUUUCUCGAUUAGUAUUGUCAUAUUCGACAGAAAAAAUCACAUUUAUCGUUGAUCAAAAUUAUAUCUUUCUAUUUAUUGAAAUUUUACUCAAAAAAAUGUUAUUGUGAAUUCUGUAUGGAUUCGUAUUUUAUUUAAUACAUAUAAAGUCCAUAGUAGAGUUCUUUCAAAUUUAUAUUUGACUUCAAUAUUGUGAUGAUUUCUGAUAGAACGAGCACUGGCAAAGAUGAAGUUGUGCUUUAAUCAAUUUCUUUUAUCAGCGAUCUCAUUUGUUUCAUAGAAAAUACAUGAGUAUAUAUAUAGGCAGCAAAGCGACAACUAAUAGAUCAAAACCAAAAACGAUAUCACACAAGAGUACAAGUUUGGAGAGAAAAUACAAACUAACGAUAAGAUGUGAUAACAGAAAAGCUCAGCCGUAUACAUUAGAAACAGAUAUUCUAGAAAGUGAGUUCUGAAAUUGAUCUUCUUUUCAUUCAUAUUCGUAUCCAUAUUAUAUAGUAUUUAAUAUUCUAAAGAAGAAUUUUCAUGCCAACAAAGAAAGUAUGUCUUGAAAUAUAUUUGCCACUAUUUGAGUGGAUAUAAACUUUAUUUUCAUUGUUUUAUUCAUUCUUCGUUUAAAUGCAUAAUGCAACAUACGUCAUAUUUUGAUUUUUACGCGUACACAAUAAUACACAAUGCCAUCUGUAGCAUUUUCACACAAAUUCUGUACACAAUCUUAGCAAUUAAUUUUGAACCCAUCUCCUGCACUCACCCUACCAACUUCGCCUAAAUAGUCUUCAAAAUAUAUUUUCAGUUUUGAGAAUUCUUUCUCGAAUGCUGAGUCACUCUUUAUUGUCCUUACCUAUAAUCAACAAACUUGGCUUUUUCUGUUUUAAAUCAACAACAAAAAUACUCUACAACGACACAUUUUUCGAGCAUGCAAAGUUUAAAGCAGUUCUCAUGAUGCGAAUGUUUAUAUUCUGCAUGUGUUAUAUUACGUCAUUAAGUGUAUGAAGACCUUUUAAGCUGCAGUUUUUAUUUAGCUUUUAACAGUAGCAGAUUGUAGUGAAACAUACCGUAUUAAUAUCUAUAUGAUGCCAUACAAUUACGAAAUGGCAUAAUCAUGUUAGAUUUGUAAAUAUACAAAUAUUAUUAAUGCAAUUUUAAUAAAUUUUAUCUAUAUCGAAUCGGAAACUAAUUUUAUGUUAUAUAAUAUCUUCUUUUGUUGACUAGGGCAAUUGGCAAUAAAAAAAGUUUUCCGUUUGGUCACUGCAUACAAAGAAAAUUUCUGGAAACGAGACAAUACAUCAAUUUAACAUGUCGAUAAUAGAAUAUAUACCAUUUAAUUUCUUCCGCAUGAUAUCAAUUUCACCAGGUUUCUACGUUCUUAUUUUAGUCGUUUUUCUUGCAUAUAAAUUACUAUUGUGUCCAGAAAGACCUUUACAUUUAACAGGAGAUUGGCAAGACUCUCAGGUUGUUCUCCAUUGGUGUACUUCAUCAAGGGCACACACCUAUCAAGUUUAUUACAGAUCCAACAAAAAUGCAACCGUCAAGUGGAAAUCUAUACCGAACUUACAUUUGAAUACAUGCUCUCUUACUAUAGUUAAUGGCAUCGCCUACGACAUAUACGUUGUGGCACAAAACUCCUAUGGAUUAAGUUUUAGUUCGGUCGUUCUUAACGGACGUUCUCGUGCUUCGCCACCUACAAAUCUCAAUGUUUCAGCUAACUCAGGAGAUAAUACCGUCUUUUUACACUGGACCCCAGUCGUGAAUUGUAAAGGUUAUAUUAUUGAAAGGAGAGCAUAUUCACUUUCAAAAAGUACAUUUUCUAUUAUUAAAAAACUGAACGACCCUUCAUACAAAACAUUUGAAGACAAUACUGCAUUUUUUGGUAUCAAAUAUUAUUAUGUAGUUAUCUCACUUGAUGAAGCUGGUGAAAGCAGUUGCUCAAAUGAAGCUACUAUGUAUCUACGUGCUCCAGCACCCAAAAAUGUUGCUGUAAGGCUUAACAAUGACAAAACUGAUACAAUUUCAUUGCAAUGGAUGUUGGUACCAAAAGUCGAGGGAUAUAUCAUUAAACGAGCGACAGGAUCACCCAAUAGUGCAUAUUUUUCCAUCGGAAUACUGUAUGAUUCAUCAGCCACAAAUUUCGAUGACAGUUCAUUCAAAUUUGGUGUUACAUACUAUUAUACUGUCACAUCAAUCGAUAAAGCUGGUGAUGCUGAUGAGUCACCGGCUGUCUCCAUCUGUCCUCGUUCUUAUGCACCUACGAAUAUUGUUAUUAUAUAUGAACAGACAAACAAUCUCGUUGCUUUGCAAUGGAAACCAGUAGUGAAUGGUAAUGGCUAUAUUGUGAAGCGAGCAGCAGGUUCAUUGAAUGACACCUUUUUUAUUAUCGAUAAAAUUAAUGAUCCGGCAAUCACAACAAGCAAAGAUAUUUCAUUCGUAUUUGGAACAAAAUAUUAUUAUGUAGUCGCUUCCUUUGAUGAACUUGGUGAAAGUAAUCAGUCAGAUUCAGUUAGUGUGGUAUGUCCACGUGCUCCGGCGCCAGCCGAUCCAACGUGUUCUUACACGGAGAAUGCUGAUAAUUGCAUCGUUUUGCAGUGGAAACCAGUAUUGAAUAGUAAAGGCUAUUUUGUUAAACGAGCACACAUCACAAAUAGUUCUGGAGUUACAGGAAGGUGA